AUGUCUCGCUCUCCUCACCUAGCACGAUCCGGAAUCGCACUCCGGGAUGUAAACAGCCAGUAUGACGGCGGAGACAUCGCCUUCAUCGUCGUGUGUGGCAUUCUCGUGUUCUUCAUGGUCCCCGGAGUCGCGUUUCUGUACUCGGGUCUGUCUAGGAGAAAGAGCGCACUUUCAUUAGUGUGGGCAGUUGCCGCAAGCAACGCCGUGGUCAUUUUCCAAUGGUGGUUCUGGGGGUACUCGCUCGCCUUCUCUCCGACGGCGGGCAAUGGCUAUAUCGGAGACUUACGAAGCUUCGCGCUCCGCAAGGUUCUCGGUGAUUCUAGUCCAGGAUCUCCCUUGAUACCGGAGCUGCUGUACAGCUUCUACCAGAUGGAGUUCGCCUGCGUCACAGUCGCGAUUCUGAUGGGUGCGCUCGCGGAUCGCGGACGUGUAUUCCCCGCGAUGGUCUUCGCAUUCAUCUGGAUGACCCUGGUCUACUGCCCAAUUGCUUGCUGGGCAUGGAACGUCAACGGAUGGGGUUUCAAGUGGGGCGUCCUUGACUACGCCGGUGGAGGCCCAGUCGAGAUCGGAAGUGGAGUCUCUGGCUUAGCCUAUUCUUGGGUGCUCGGCCGUCGGAGCGAACGCGAGCUUCGCAACUUCCGGCCCCACAACGUCUCUCUGGUUGGCCUUGGUACCUUCAUCCUGUGGUUCGGGUGGCUAGGUUUCAACGGCGGCUCCGCGUUUGGCGCGAACCUGCGUGCGAUCAUGGCGAUAUGGAACUCGAUGAUCGCGGCCGCCUUGUCCGGGAUCGUCUGGUGUCUGCUCGAUUUUCGCAUCGAGCGGAAGUGGUCCAUGGUCGGCUUCUGUUCCGGUACCAUCGCUGGAUUGGUUGCUGCUACUCCUGCAUCGGGGUAUAUCCCGCAGUGGGCCGCUGUGAUCAUGGGAAUCAUCGUUGGGGCCGUCGCCAAUUACAGUACGAAACUGAAGUUCUUCCUCCGUAUCGAUGAUGCGCUAGAUCUGCUUGCCGAGCAUGCUAUUGGCGGCAUCCUCGGGCUUCUCUUCAACGGGAUCUUCGCCGACAGCGAGAUAAUCGCUCUCGAUGGCGUGAACACCUCAACCACCGGCGGAUGGCUAAAUCGCAACUGGAAACAGCUCUACAUCCAAAUCGGCUACAUCGCCGCCUGUGUGGCAUACUCCUUCGUAGUGACCGCCGUCAUCGCAACGGCGUUGGAUUCCGUCCCGUGCUUGCGACUCCGCGCGACUCCUCACGAAGAGUCUUUGGGUAUGGACGAUGCCGAGAUUGGCGAGUUCGCGUCCGACUAUAUCGAAGUUCGCCGCGACUAUACGGACUGGACGCCCCUUUACAAUGGUAAAGGAUCAGACAGCGGGUCUGAAACGACCCCUCCUGCUGCCGGCGACCGUCAUGCUGUUCCCGACAGUCAAAUAUCCCGAGCACCGACGACUCGGCCCAUCGCGAACGGGGAGUCCAAGCCUGCUAAUGGUGCGCUCCCGUUCAUCUCGGAGAAGCCGGAAACAGACCACUUGUCAUCGACGAGUGCCUCGCCCUGACCGGGCGAAAAGUAGCGUGUAUGGACUUUUCUAAUCGUAAUGCAGCCAUGCAAUCGUGCCAGGUGACGUGCUAAGUUUGUGUUGUUGUGUAUGGGCGAUGCCUACGAGUUGGUGACCGGAUGUCCGUUCGUCCCAUAUCCAGCUGGGAGUACCCUCGUUGUAUCACUUUAGAGUUUACUCAAGUUUUUAUCGGC